AUGGAUUUCGUGUCAGGAUUUCCCAAAGGGAGGAAAGGAAAUGACACGAUAUGGGUCAUCGUAGAUCAGUUGACGAAAUCCGCACUAUUCUUACCUAUAAAGAUGACCAACUUGGUGGACAAGCUUCCCAAGAUCUAUAUAAAUGAGGUGGUACGGCUUCAUGGGAUUCCAGUGUCCAUUGUAUUGGAUCGAGAUCCCAGGUUCACCUCUCGACUUUGGCCGAGCAUACAACAGGCCUUGGGGACAAGAUUGGAUAUGAGCACUGCGUUUCACCCUCAAAUGGAUCAGAAAGAGUCAUCUAAGUCUUGGAAGACCUAUUACGGGCCUCGAGUAGGACCAGUAGCCUACAAAGUGAACUUGCCCCCACAGUUAGCCAAGGUCCAUGAUGUGUUCCAUGUCUCCCUGUUAAGGAAAGCUGACAUGGAUCCUGCCCGAGUUAUACCCCAAGUCCCAGUAGAAUUCAAGGAAGACUUAACACUGGAAAUGAGGCCCAUAAGGAUACUAGAUCAGGAAGUGAAGGAGCUACGGAACAAAAAGAUCCCCAUCGUCAGAAUCUUAUGGCGAAAUGCUCAAAUAGAAGAGGAAACUUGGGAGAGGGAGGCUGAGAUGAGGAAAAAGUACCCCGAUUUAUUUGAACUACCAGGUAUGGAGUGUGAAACCCCUUAA